GGGCGGUGCUGCAGCGGCGCUGCGGCUCUCAGCCUCUUUAACCACAGAAGGAGAAACUUUUAGCGCUACUUUCGGUUCUUGCUCCGCAGUUCUGCUGCAGGUUCUGCUGUUUCAGCCCAGUUGAUCGGAACCAGAGUUCUGCUGCAGGUUCUGCUGUUUCAGCCCAGUUGAUCGGAACCAGAGUUCUGCUGCAGGUUCUGCUGUUUCAGCCCAGUUGAUCGGAACCAGAGUUCUGCUGCAGGUUCUGCUGUUUCAGCCCAGUUGAUCGGAACCAGAGUUCUGCUGCAGGUUCUGCUGUUUCAGCCCAGUUGAUCGGAACCAGAGUUCGGCUGCAGGUUCUGCUGUUUCAGCCCAGUUGAUCGGAACCAGAGUUCUCCACAGCUCUCCAGCCUCCAGUGGUGCUGAGGAUGGCCGCCCUGCAGAGCUUCAUGGACCGGGUCGGAACCAGCAGUGAGGCGGAGUCCAUGUGGCUUCAGAACCUCUCCACCUUCAUCCACCAACAUCUGGAUCCAGGUCCCUGUGGCUCCGCCCACUCUGCUGAGGUCCAAUCAGCAGCAGGAGGGUCAUGUGACCACAGCCUGGAGGAGCUCAUAGCGUCUGCGGUGGAGAAGAUCCAGGAGAGCAGCAGCUCAGGGGGGCUGCCCGUCAGCUACAGGCUUCUGUCCAUCUCUGAGCUGCUGUCCCAGCAGCGUCUGGCCUGCGUCAGCAACCUGUCCUGGAGCACCAAUCAGCACCGAGCAUGGACCGAGGAGGCGGAGCUUAGCCUGCCGGGUCACAGGGCGCUGCCCCGGGUCCACCUGCUGCUGAUUGGCUGGCUGAGAGAGGGGCGGGGCGGAGAGUGGAGACUGGUGGACGGCAGCGGCAGCGUCAGGUGUGAGCUGAUCCGUCCGUCCCCCCUCUGGAUGGACCGGCCCGUCUUCCUGCCUCACUGGAACUACAUCCCCCAUGAUGCUACGGGGCAGAACCAGGACAGAGGAUCCCUGGAGCUGAUUGGUUCUCCUGUUCUGCUGUGUCCCAGAGCUGAGCAGCCAUUGGCUACAGACCCAGGAGGGGCGGAGCUUAACGGAGCGGUGAGCGUCAGAGAGGCUGCAGCUCUGCUGAGGACCAGGGUCAGAGGUCAGCGGCUGUCGGUGUUCGGUCAGGUGUCCUCGGUCUGCCCCCUGCUGGAGGUGUCAGGAAGCUGUUUCUUCUUCUUCUCUCUGAUGGAGGACGAUCAAACUGUUCCUGUCCUGGUGAAGGGCAGCAGGCUGUGGUGGUCCCAGUGUGUGUGUGUUGGUGACUCAGUGAGUGUUUCAGCUCUCAGAGUGUGUUUGAUGAGAGGAUGGAGAGGAAAGCAGCUGCUGAGCGUGGCCGAGGGCUCACACUUACACACUGGGUAUGCACAACUACACACCCCAAUACACACUGGGGACGCACAACUACACACCCCAAUACACACUGGGGACGCACAUCUACACACCCAGUUACACACUGGGGACGCACAUCUACACACCCAGUUACACACUGGACACAGCCAGUCCCACCAUCAGCACCAGAGUCACCCUGGAAGGAUCCCCACAGAGGAAGCAGGACCAGUCCUCCACUCUGACCGCCUGCUGAUGGACCAGGAGGAGGCGGAGCCUGAAGAGGAUGCUGUCCAAUCAGCAGCAAGGAUCAGACGCUCCAGAGUCAUCAGCUACCAGGGCACCGUGACGGAGGUGAUCAGUGAGGGGGCGGGGCUCUACGUGAUGGACAGGAAGGUGGGUCUGUGUUUGGCCUAUCAGCCGUCAGAGAGGAGGAAGCUGAGAGCAGGAGACCAGGUGGAGCUCCAUCAGGUCCACUUCCUGUACCGGCCCUGUCCUGACCUUCCUCCCAGCAUGCUUUGCUGCUGCCUGGGCUCGUCCGUCAGGGUGACGGCCUUCAGCAGAGUGGGCGGAGCCUCCGCAGGCCGCUGCUGUCCUGGAGAUGGGGUGUUGCCACGGUUACUGCUGCAGAAAAACAGAGGGAUGGAUCAGUACCUGUGGAGCUGCCACCUGGCCUCCCAGCUCAGCAACAGCCUGCUCCCUGCUCCUCCUUCUCCUGCUCCUCCUCAGUGUGUCUGCCUGCUGUCCUGGAAACUUUCAGAGACUCUGUGGACCUCCAGAGGACCAGGAGCCAGAGACAUCUACUCAGAGAUGUUGGACGUCCCUCACAGCUGUCCUCUGAGCCAGUACCAGGUGGACUCCUCCGUCCCUCAGCUCCUCAGCAUCUCAGAGCUUCUCCAGUCCCUCAGGUCGUCCUGCUGGUCCUCGGUGUCCCUCAGCUCUCUGCUGCCUUCAGGGGGAUCCAGCCUCAGCAGCUCACAGAUCAACUCUGCUCUGUCCUGGUCCUGCAGGACUCUGACCUCUGACCCUCAGACUGGAGACGGUCUCAGGCCCCGCCCCCUGCUGCUGGUGGGUGUCCUCCAGCUCCCCUCUCAGAGGUCAGCGUUCAGACAGACUCUGCAGCUCAGAGAUGCUACAUCAGCUGUGGGCUGUGUCGUCACGGAAACAGCAGAGGAGGAGGAUGGAGGUCAGAGGGCGUCCUUCAACACAGCCUGGAUCGGAUGCCUGGUGUGUGUGCGGAGGUUCACCAUGGUAACGGAGAGGUUCCUCCAAUCAGAGUUCCCGUCCUACCAGCACCUGGACCAGGACCGCUUCAUCACCAGCAGAACCAGCAGGGUUUACCUGCAGUUCUCUCUGGACCACCUCCUCAUCCUCAGCCCCUCUGUCUCCAUGGUUACACACCUGAGGAGGAAGAGGCAGGAGUCAGGAUGUGAUGUCACACAGGGGACAGCAGCAGAUGAGGAUGGUGCAGAUGUAACCAUGACAACGGUCCCUGAGGACGGGGCCUCCCAGGACUGUGUCUCCGUGGUGAUUCAAGUGAUGGCUAAGGGGGGCGUGGCCUGGAGGAACACAAGGACCAUGACCAACGAGGAGGGGGCGGGGCUUGACCUAGGAUUCUCAACUACAGCUCUUCUGAUUGGUCCAGCGGUCUGCUGGGGGCGGGACCCAAAGAACGAACCAAUGAUGCAGAGGGAGGUGGAGCCUCAGAGGAAAGAGGAGGUUCUGCUGCUGUUCUCAGGCGGUUCUGCUCGCUGGUUUCCGGUUCUCCAUUCUGGAUGUUUCUACAGACUCACAGCCGCCAACACUCAGCAGGAUCCCAGCGUUCUGAUUGGCUGCAGGGUUCAUAGCAAGAAAGGGGUGGAGCUCCACGCUGACUCCACCCUGCAGGUUCAACCUGACUGGAGGUUCUACACUCUGACCCGCCCUCUGCUGCUCCCCACCUGGACCCAGGCCCCGCCCCCUCUGGUGAUGUCAGUGUCUCAGGUGCUGGACUGCAGGUCAGAGACGGUGACCUUCAUGGGCCUGAUCUCCGAUAGGCUGAGUCUGAUGGACGGGAAGGAACACGCUGGACCCAGAACCUCAGGUGUUCGCCUGACUGUAUGUGACCAAAGUGGGUGGAGUCUCAGUGUAUACCUGGACCUAAGCCACGCCCCCCACCCACCUGGUCUGUUGCCGGGUAACAGGGUGCUGCUGUCAAGGUUCCUCAGGAAGCUAUCCAGGUCAGGAGGCGUGUACUGCUCCCAGUCACCUGCCAGCUGUGUCACUGUGAUGUCACUGGGAGACUCCUGCAGGCUGGCCCCGCCCCCUCCGUCUCCCAGCAUGCACCUGGCUCAGUGGGCCGUCAGCAGCUGUGUCCAGGCUCAGGUCAGAGGUCAUGUGGUGUGUUUCCUGUUCCUGGAGCUGCAGUGGAGCUGCUCCCUCUGCGGGAGUGUCUACAAGCAGGUCUGCAGCUCUCAGUGUGGAUCCUCCUCUGCUGUGUUCCAGUCCAGAACAAAGUUGGUGAUGGACGAUGGGACGGCUGAGGCUCAGGUCUGGUUGUCAGGGAAACAGGUCCAGAGUCUGCUGCGAUUGGCUGAUCCUCAGUGGGAGGGGCUUCAGAGAGCAGUCAGGGUCAGAGGUCACAUCAGUGUGACUCCUAGGGGGCGGAGCCUGGGGACUGAUGGAGACUCUGAGGACGUCCUCCUCCACUUCCUGUUGUCUCUCUGCAGCAGUGAUGUCAUCAGGCAGCAGGUCUCCCUCACCUGCAGGAAACUGACCAAUCAGAGCUCAGAAGAGGUCAGAAGAUUCAACAGAGGAGACAGAGACUUCCUGACCAGGAUGCCCCGCCCCCUGCAGCUCACCUGUACUCACCUGGACCCCCCAUGAAGAAUCACGAUAACAGCAAAUAGAAGCUCCUGUUCUGUUUAGAUCCGUUAGUCUGAGUCACUGUUUCCCUUCACUGACAUAGAAAGUGUUUAUAGAUCAGUUAUUCUGUGUUCCUCCUGUUUCUCUCUCCUUUAACCUCAUCAGAAGGUUUCUGGUGUUUUCUAUAUUUUCCAUGUUCCUUUAAAUAUCUGGUAAAACAUCAGUGAAUAAAUGUAGAUCUAGAACAUGA